AUGUGGAAGUCUAUAGUAGGGCAUGAUGUGUCUGUUUCCGUGGAGACUCAAGGUGAUGACUGGGACACAGACCCUGACUUUGUGAAUGACAUCUCUGAGAAGGAGCAACGGUGGGGAGCCAAGACCAUCGAGGGCUCUGGACGCACAGAACAUAUCAACAUCCACCAGCUGAGGAACAAAGUGUCGGAGGAGCAUGAUACUCUCAAGAAGAAGGAGUUGGAAUCAGGGCCCAAAGCAUCCCAUGGUUAUGGAGGUCGGUUUGGUGUAGAAAGAGACCGAAUGGACAAGAGUGCUGUGGGCCAUGAGUAUGUUGCCGAGGUGGAGAGGCACUCUUCUCAGACUGAUGCUGCCAGAGGUUUUGGGGGCAAAUACGGAGUUGAGAAGGACAGGGCAGACAAGUCAGCAGUUGGCUUUGAUUACAAAGGAGAAGUGGAGAAACACACAUCUCAGAAAGAUUACUCUCAUGGCUUUGGUGGUCGUUACGGAAUAGAAAAGGAUAAACGGGACAAGGCAGCUCUGGGAUAUGACUACAAAGGAGAAACAGAGAAACACGAAUCCCAGAGAGAUUAUGCCAAGGGCUUUGGCGGUCAGUAUGGAAUCCAGAAGGACCGAGUGGAUAAGAGUGCUGUUGGCUUCAAUGAAAUGGAAGCCCCAACCACAGCUUAUAAGAAGACGACACCCGUAGAAGCUGCUUCUAGUGGAGCCCGUGGACUGAAGGCAAAAUUUGAGUCCAUGGCUGAGGAUAAGAAGAAGAAGGAAGAAGAAGAAAAAGCACAGCAGAUGGCCAAGAAGCAACAGGAGAGAAAGGCCCUGGUAAAGAUAAGCCACGAGGCUCAGCCUCCUGCAACUACUGUGGAAGAGCCAGCGGUGCCAGCCCCACUGCCUAAGAAAAUCUCCUCACAGACCUGGCCUCCAGCAGGGAGUUGCUCUUCACCAGAUCCUGAGCCUGUGAGAACCAGCAGGGGACAACCAUUGCCUUCCUUGCCCUCAAGGCAAAAACCUCCAGAGGAUGACGAGGAGCCCCCAGCUUUGCCCCCCAGGACACUGGAAGGCCUCCAGGUAGAGGAAGAGCCAGUAUAUGAAGCAGAGCCUAUAUAUGAAGCAGAGCCUGAGCCUGAGCCUGAGCCUGAGCCUGAGCCUGAGCCUAAGCUGGAGCCAGAGCCAGAGCUUGAGAAUGACUAUGAGGACGUUGCGCAUAUGGACAGAAAUGAGCAAGAUGAUGAACUAGAAGGGGACUAUGAGGAUGUGCUGGAACCUGAAGAUGCCUCAUUUCCCUCCUCUGUGGCUGGAUCAUCAGGCGGUCCAGCUGGGGCUGGGAUCUCAGCUAUAGCCCUGUAUGAUUACCAGGGAGAGGGAAGUGAUGAGAUUUCCUUUGAUCCAGAUGACAUCAUCACUGACAUUGAGAUGGUGGACGAGGGCUGGUGGCGAGGACGUUGCCACGGUCACUUUGGACUCUUCCCUGCAAAUUAUGUCAACCUUCUCCAGUAA